AUCCUAGUCAAGAGCAGAAUGGAAAACCCAGCUUCAAUGUUGCACGAAGCCUUGAACACAGCCCAGACUGCUCAGUGAACUGCAACCAGAGUCGCUCAGGAGGGCUGUAUGAAGACCAAGGAAGGGAUAAAGAGGCAAAAUAUAAUUCCGAUGGCUGGAGCAGUGACGAGGAUCGACCUCGUUCCUCGUGCAGUGUACCUGCUCCCCCUACAGGCAAGCCCACAGUAUCAGAGGUUGGCCUGUUGAUCAGUUGGCCUGUGGUGAAGAGUCCAGUGGGCAGUAAAUACUCUGGAGUGAGCCUGGAGGCUCUCAUUGAAAACCUUCAACAGCAGCUGGAACUGCAACAGCCUCUUAAGGAAUUUAUGGCACUGGAGCAUCUGAAACCUAUUGAUGACUGUGUCGUGGGAAAAGCUCCAGAAAACAGGGAAAAGAACAGAUAUAGGGACAUCCUGCCUUAUGAUAAAACCCGGGUUCGUAUUGAGGGUCAAGGAUACAUCAACGCAAGUUACGUUAGGAUGCCCUUUGCUUCCGAGGAAUGUUUAUACAUUGCUUGCCAAGGACCAUUGCCUGGCACUACCAACGACUUUUGGCAAAUGAUCUGGGAAAACAAAGCUGAUGUCAUUGCCAUGAUGACCCGUGAACACGAGCGGGGAAAGGUCAAGUGUCACAGAUACUGGCCUGACAAAAUGUACAAACCAAUCAGAGUCAACAAGUACCACCUCACGCUGGAAAAUCACCAGAUGUUGGAUUCUUUUGAAAUAAACACCAUGAAGAUGACAGACAGUGAGACGGGAGAGAUACAUUAUGUCAAACAUCUGAAAUUUAUUACAUGGCCUGAUCAUGGCACACCAAACUCAUCAGAGCAACUUGUGCGAUUCAUUCGGUACAUGAGGGAGGUGCACCACAAGGGACCAAUUGUCGUCCAUUGCAGCGCUGGGAUUGGACGAAGUGGCGUGCUGAUCUGCACGGAUGUACUGUUGAGCUUGAUUAACAAAGAGCUCAGUUUUGACAUUAUGGACAUAGUGAGGGAAAUGAGGAAACAGCGCCAUGGAAUGAUCCAGACUAAGGAUCAGUACUUGUUCUGCUACAACAUUGUGCUGGAAAUUCUAGAAGGCAUCCAGCAGCUGAACUGACAACAAGAGGAGAACCUGUUGUGACAAAGUAGUCGCUGGCAGCUGGGGUCAGAGUGCGCAGGCCAUAGGCCUGGGGACGUUAUGAGCUACACACUGAAAUCACUACGCCAACUGUUAAUUAGAUACAGGAAAAUAAUGUAAUGCCAUAGCAAUAACCAAUAAGUAACUGUGAUUUCAUAAUCGUGCACAUUAAUAACUAAAGGAAUGAUAUGAAAACUCAGUCUGUUCAUAACAUGUAUAACUCCUACAAAUAAGGAGAGUUUAUGUAAGUAGUUUUCUAGUUGGUUUUCCUUUGAACUGAGGUCAAAUGCCACAAAUGAAUGCAACAAAACUAAUCAAAGUUGCUGUAUUUUUCGCAGAAGGAGAUUUAAGUACGAGUGCUUAUUGUAAUGGAUGAAAAAUUAUACCACAGCACCACAAGUGGUAGGAAUACUGAAUAGCAGGUGCUGCCUAUUGCAAAUAAUAGAACUAGCCAUUACCAAUAUGACUCAAGCAUCACUAAAUCAUGACCAUAGGAAGUUCGGUGUGACCAACAGGAUGUUUCAAAUAUUUAUAGACAAUUGGUUUUGCAUCCUUCAUGAAAGUUAACCCAUGUGCAGUUAUUGAUGUAAAUACAAUGGGACUUGUAUAUUUCUGGAAUAAUCCCAUGCUGUGCACUCUAAACUGUUCCUCCGGUAUUCACAUUUGAUUUGUAACUAACUGUAAAAUUCCAUGAAGUUGAUUUGUUUAGUAAGGUAUGUUUUAUAAUAGAGCUUUUACCUGAUUAAAGAUUUUAUACAAUCCCCAGUUGCACUGAUGAUUCACUGUGACGGGUUUGAAUUAGUAGGUAGACUUUUGAACUAACAAAAUUAGUUCAAGUCAUUAGUUUUUCCAUCACUAUGAUAGAUCAGAGCAUGAUUCAAAAACAUUAAAAAUGUAGUCAACUCAAGCAAGUCAAAAUGCCCAUCAAAAAAUGAUCCGUUUAAGUCCGUGGAGUAGGCAACAUUCCAAUUCAAACAUACAAACAUAUAAAAUUGGACAAGAAAAGACAAGGUUCUCUAUCAAAGUUUGUGCCACACUGUCAUAAUUACAUAAAAACUUACUUACCACCUACCACAGCCCUGUAACCAACUAAUCUCCUGGCAGAGGAGAAAAUACAGGGAAGAAAACAAUGGCCAAUAAGAGAAUAUUCUGGAAAAUUCCUCCCCGACACUCUCAAGCAAUCAAAGUCGAGGAGAUCACAUGAACAAUGGGUUUUCUACAAAGCCACUUAUUUUCUACAUGAUGCAAUCUUUGCACCAGUCAAGACCUGAUCUAACUCCUUCCUGAUGACAGAGAGACCCACCAAACAAUUUGGCAACGCAUCCCAGAGGAUCACUGCUCUCUGGGAAAGGAAAGAAUCAAAACAAAGAAUUCAUUUGUACUUUGUCUUGUCAAAGCAACUAGGAGGUGCCCAUCUUAGGGAAGGGAGGCAAAAACAGCCCAUACCAUUUGCUCCUUUUUGAACCAUACUGACCUAUCAUGACCUUUUCACCAUCAUCUAGCAAUAUGCUGAUUAGCUCAGUGCGCAGUGUCCUGCGCAGUGUCUAAUACAGGUUACUUUAAUGCUCAGCUGGCAGACAUGCACUGAACCACAGCAGAAUUUUCACAGACUCUGACACUUGCACUCAAACAAAAUAACUUCAAUGAAACUUUUGAUACUUGGGAUACAGUCUCUGCUAGAUUGAAAUUUUGGUACUGACUCCUAGGGUGAAAUCAGUUGACAAUUCAAUCUAACACAUCACGAUGGCAACCUUUAUGAUAAAGGUAACAUUCUUUUAUCUAUUUUCAUUUUAAAUUGACCACAAUUCUGUGACCAUGUCAUUUUAAUUUCAAUCUAGCCAUUGCCACUCCAUCUUUCAACAGAGAGGUAUUUUAUAAAAUGCGGUAAUUUGAAUAUCAGUUAAAAAAAUUAUGUAGUGCUCACUCCUGAUUCCCUAUAUGGUGAGUUUCCAAUGUAUACACCAUACUAUAGUCAAUAUAUCAUCAGUUGGAGCAAUUAAAGCAUCUAAUCUCAGUUCACAUAAUGUUCUGGAAACCACUAAUGCAACCAUAUUUAGAAAAGAAGCAGCAUUUUAAUAUUUACACAAAUUAAACAUGAAUGGUUUUACUUGAAUACCUUUUUCUUUAGAGUUGAUUGUUUAAUGUCACCAGUACUUGAUAUUUUUAAGCUACAUUGCUCUCUUUUGUACAUAUAGCUGUAUAUUUGUAAACCUGUCUUGAACAGAUAACAAUAAUUAAAGAAUUGUCUUUUUA